AUGGUCCUGUCCCAGCGCGUCUCCCUGUUUGACACGCUCCCACGCUCGGAAGCAUCGUACAGCUGCUCGUCCUGCGGAACCUACCUCGCCUUGGCCGACGAGCUGAUCUCCAAGUCCUUCUCCGGGCGCGAAGGCAAGGCCUACCUCUUCCACUCUGUACUUAAUUGCCAGCAGGGCAAGAAUGAGGAGAGGCAGCUGUUGACGGGCCUCCAUGUCGUCGCCGACCUCAAGUGCAAGGGAUGCGCGCACGGAGUCGGCUGGACGUACGUGCGCGCGUAUGAGCCGGCGCAGAAGUACAAGGAGAACAAAUUCAUACUGGAGAAGUGCUCGUUGCACAAGAACAAUGGCUGGCUGUAG